UCCACAAAUCACCAUUCACUUGGGCGAUUGACAGCAACUGCUUCCCGCGGUUUGCUAAUCCCAUUCCGGCGAUGAUGAAUUCCUCAUCCGCCACCUGAACAUGGACAACUGAGACGAUUGGCAUAUGCUGUCCUUCGUUUCGUCCUUCAUCUUUCAACAACAUGCGGCUCUUCCUCGUUCGACACGGAGAGACCGUCGACAACGUGGCCGGUUUAUACGCAGGCCUCCGCGAUUCCCCCCUCACCACCCACGGUGUUUUGCAGGCACGUCGUCUAGCCUCCCACUUUGCCUCGCGGUCGUCCUCAAUCGGUCCUGUCACGCACAUCUUCUCUUCCGAUCUGCAACGCGCAGUCAAUACUGCCCAGGCCAUUGUCGAUGCCCAGGUGGAAAAGGCAACGGAGAAGGAAGACUCGGACCGUCCCGAGCUCCAACUGGUCCAAGUUGUCGAGCUCCGCGAACGCGAUUUCCGAUCCGCCGAGGGGAAGCGAUUUGGCACGCCGCAUCCCGAUGCUGAAACGCACGACGAGAUGCGCGCGCGAGCCACCGCCUUCAUACAAGCCCACCUGGGUCCGCUGCUGGACAGUACAUCCAAUGGUGACAAUUGCAAGACAAACACCUCCGUCGUGGUUGUCGCGCAUGGCUUGAUACUCAACUCGCUCUUGAGAUCGCUUUUGGUGCGUUAUGCCCCAGAAGAGAUGACGAGGCUUGCCAAUGUCAAGUCGUCGUCGGGCUCUGUUGCCGGAAGGUCAGAGUUCCUCGCUGCUUGGAGCAACACCGGAUACCUCGAGAUGAAUGUGGAUGUCAUCCCUUCGUCUGAGGAGACCGAGAAGUCCGCUGUCAGGUUGGCUGUCGUCCGGGUCAACGCUCUUGACCACCUCCAAGGCGUGAAAAGGACAAGAGGCGGGAUUGGCAGUGCCAAGUUUGACAGUAAACAGAAGACGAUGGAUGCGUUCUUCAAACCCGCUGCCAAAAGGCGACGGGUUGAUUGAUCGGUGUCACCAAUGGACAGGAUAUCUUGAACUGGCGCCCCUCGAGGCUCGCUGAAAUAUGCGAAGUCAUCGUCACUUUGGUGCAUUGCAAAUAGCUAUCAAUGACACUUGAUCUUCAUUAUAACCA